AUGGGGAGCAACUGUUCCUUUAAUGGCCGGUCUAAUGAAGGAUGCUCAUCUUCUUUCCCUCAACCUCCAGAUUCAAGUUUAUUUUAUAAUUCAAUGGUGGACAAUGAGUUUUCCAUACAAGACAUGAGCUUUUACGAUACUGCUCCAUUGAUGAACAGUUUUUGUUUAUAUGCUGAUGUUGAACAAAAUCCAAACUUAACCCAAGAAAAUCAAAAGUUUUUGAAAGUUAACAAUGGCAGACACAGUGGAGAGCAGAGAUUAAUGAGGGAGAAGAAGACUAAAAAUUUCAAUAAUGCAAAAAUGUUGUCAAGGGAAAUUAUUUCACAAUAUUUUUAUAUGCCAAUAACAAAAGCUGCUAAAGAGCUUAAGGUAGGGUUAACAUUAUUGAAGAAAAGGUGUAGGGAACUUGGAAUACGUAGGUGGCCUCAUCGUAAACUUAGGAGUUUACAAACCCUAACCAAGAAUCUUCAGGUGUUGGACGGGGAAGAAAGAGAGGGAAGUGAAGGGAAAUUAACGGAAGCAAUGGAGGCUUUAAGGAAAGAGAGGGAAAUGUUGGAAGAGAUGCCAAAUAUGGAAUUGGAUGACAGAACUAAGAGGUUAAGACAAGCUUGUUUUAAGGCUAAUUAUAAGAAGAGGAAGAUGAUGAUGAUGGGGGUGGAGGAGGAGCCGUCACGAUUGGCGGCGGAAGCUUUUGGUAGUAAUAAUGAUGGUAGCAGAAGAAAUGAAGAAGAAGAAGCAGAUGAUGAUGAAGAAAUCAAGUAUCUUUUAUCUGAUUCUUUUUCAUCAACUGAUCUAGGGCUUUUAUGA